AUGGAAAGCGACACCACCGUCCGAAGAAUAAAGCCACCAUUCGGGACACAGAGCUGUGCGGCGCCGGGCCACGGCGGCUUGGGGGAACGCUACGGAGAGGACAACAAUGGCUGGAACGGCGGCAGCGAGCCGAAGAGGAAGCCCGACGUCAGCUUGUACCUGCUCCGAGAAGGGCUGGCAACUUCGCUGGUGUGCGUGUUUCUUCUGCUUUUGUGGGGACUCGUUCACCUGUCUCUCCAGCAGCUCGUCAUUGGAAAGCCGAGCGGGGAGUUCAACGCAGAGAGAGCCAGGCAGCACCUGGAGCGUAUCACCAGCGUGGGGCCGAGACCAGUGGGCAGCCACGAGAAUGAGGUGUUGACGGUGGACUACCUGCUGGAGCAGAUUGAAAAUGUCCGCGCGACGACAGCGAAAGGUCUGCACCAGCUCAGCGUGGAUGUGCAGCGGCCCACUGGCUCCUUUUCCAUCGACUUCCUGAGUGGCUUCACCAGUUUCUACGACCGCAUCACCAACGUGGUCGUGCGCCUUGAACCCAAAGGUGGCUCGAAGCAUCUCAUGUUGGCUAACUGCCACUUUGACACCGUGGCAAACAGUCCAGGUGCGAGCGACGACGCUGUGAGUUGCGCAGUCAUGUUGGAAGUCCUCCACUCGCUAGCCAAUCUUUCAACUCCUCUUCGCCACGGUGUCAUCUUCCUCUUUAACGGAGCGGAAGAAAAUGUCUUACAGGCUAGCCACGGGUUCAUCACGCAGCACCCGUGGGCUAAACAGGUGAGGGCUUUCAUUAACUUGGAGGCCGCAGGCGUUGGGGGCAAAGAGGUUGUUUUCCAGACAGGUCCAGAGAAUCCGUGGCUGGUCCAGGCGUAUGUGCACGCCGCCAAACACCCAUUUGCCUCUGUAGUGGGUCAGGAGGUUUUCCAAAGUGGCAUCAUCCCCUCUGACACGGACUUCCGCAUUUACAGGGACUUUGGGAACAUCCCAGGCAUUGACUUGGCUUUCAUCGAGAACGGGUUCAUCUAUCAUACAAAGUAUGACACGGCCGACAGAAUCCUCACAGGUUCCAUACAGAGAGCAGGUGACAACAUCCUGGCCGUCCUCAAGCAUCUGCUCAUGUCGGAGAAGCUGGCUGACUCUUCAGAGUAUCGCCACGGCAACAUGGUGUUUUUCGACGUGCUGGGCGUGGCCGUGGUGGCGUACCCUGCUCGCGUCGGCACCAUCCUCAACUACAUGGUCGCCGUGGCAACCUUCUUCUAUCUGGCUAGGAAGGCCUCUCAGCCGCGCCACCGCGGUUGGCACUAUGUUGCGAAUCUGGCGUGCGCCACAGGUGUGGCAUUGCUCAGCUGGUUGGUGGCCCUCCUGUCAGUUCUGAUUGUAGCCGUGCUGGUGACGCUGCUGGGCCGCUCCAUGUUCUGGUACACCCACUUCUAUGCUUCCGUGUGUCUGUAUGGUUCUGCCGCCACUGGCAAGAUUGUGUUGGUGCACACCCUGGCCAAGAACCUCUACUAUAGGGGUAUGCGCUUGACGGAGUUGGGCGAGCUCUACUUCGACGUGAGCCUGCUGCUGUGGUGCUGUAGCUUGGUAUGGAUGACCCAGCGCGGCCUCUGCUCAGCCUACGUACCCAUGCUGAUGGUGGCCUUUCCGCUGGCCACCAAGCUGCUGCUUUCCAAAGAGUUCAAGAACAGAGGAGCGUCGCUCAAGUACACCGUCUUCUACCUAGCGGGCCUGGCCCCGCCCUACCUGCACAUCUUGUUCCUCAUUUGGGUGGUCUUUGAGAUCUUCACCCCCAUCAUGGGCCGCAGCGGCACCGAGAUCCCCCCCGAGCUGGUCCUGGCUGCCCUGGUUAUCAUGGCCACCGUAUUCCUCUCUUCCUUUUUCCUCCACUUCAUCUACAUGGUGAGGAGCACCAAAUGGAUUUUGGCAGGUCUGGGCUCCAUUUUUGCCAUUAUGUUCCUGCUGGUAUCCUGUGGCUUUCUCUUCCCCUAUUCGGGAAAUCCAGAGAGCCCACGGCCAAAGAGGGUCUUCUUACAGCACACCACACGGACCUCCCAUGACGUGCACGGCCGCGUGGAUUCACGCGAUUCGGGCAUAUGGAUCAACAGCUUUGACUACACAGGCAUGCAGCACGUGACCCCGCACGUGCCCCAGAUCGAGGAGGCCGUGCGCGCCCAUUGCCACGAUGACCGACCCUUCUGUGGCUUUCCCUGGUUCCUGCCAGUCAAUUUCCUCAGCAAGAAGAACUGGUACCUCCCCGCUCCUCACGUCUCUCCGAGCUCGCCGGUGGACUUCCGCCUGGUAUCCAAAGAAGAAACUGGCUGGGGAACCAUCAAGAUGACCUUCAGCGUCAAAGGGCCCAGCCACAUGUCAUUGUACUUGAUGCCUCACCAUGGAGCCAGUCUCUCCUCAUGGUCCUUCGGGGACGGCACGCCGCGGUUUUACCUCAGCGGGGAGUACUUUGUCUUUUACUCACAUGGCCUCCAUGCGCCCGCGUGGAUCUUCUGGUUUGAAAUACAGCCACCCAGGGAUUCGUCGGGAUCCCCCGAGGGGAUGAUCUCUGUAGCCAUCUCCAGCCACUACUUCUUCGGGGCCGACCAGAAGACACCUCAGCUGGAGGAAAUCCUUAGCCGCUUCCCCUCGUGGGCCUUCCCCUCAUCGUGGGUCAGCACCUACGACUUGUACCGAUACUGA